ACUCGGUAAGUUUCCUUGCGUCCAGGGAGGAGUUAUCAUGGCGCCGCCUGUCAUCACACAGGGAUGAUGAGAGCUCAAAGCAGCGCGCGGUUCUUUGCAUCCUCGUGCGUGUCUUUGUCGUUGCCAGGACGACCAGAGGGGCUGACCCCGGCCACGUGACAGACAGCAGGCUGGCCGCGCCGCCGCCGCCGCUGCUGCUGCUGCCGCCGUUGCUGUAGUGGAGUGUGUGUAUGUGUGUGUGUGAGUGAGAGUGUGUGUCUGCCGCCUCACACACAGUUUGGCUGUGGUCGGCCCGAGCAGACAGCAGAGCUUGUCGUCUGGAGAGAGGCAAACACAGACAGGUAGCUUAGUUCGGGCAUGAAAGAUGGAGCUCUCGGCGGUGGGGGAUCGUGUUUUCGCCGCGGAAGCCAUACUGAAACGCCGCGUUCGUAAGGGAAGAAUUGAAUACCUGGUAAAAUGGAAAGGAUGGGCAAUGAAGCACAGCACUUGGGAGCCAGAGGAGAACAUUCUGGAUCACAGGCUGAUCCUGGGCUUUGAGCAAAAGGAGCGGGAGAGGGAAUUGCACGGGCCGAAGAAGCGGGGACCAAAACCCAAAAACUUUGUCAUGAAGGCACGUGCUCAGAAAAGUAGGACCAGCAGCCAAGCCUCCAGCACCCGCCGGAGUACAUCGCGUUCCUCUGUGUCCACUUCCAGCCGAGCAGCUCCCUCCUCUUCUGCCUCACCUCAUCAUUUGCCAUCUUCGUCCUCCUCUUCCUCAACUGUGGCACCCUCCCCUAAACUCAACUCCCUCGCAGCCACCCACAAGCUGAAGAAGGACAUCCACCGUUGCCACCGGAUGUCCAGGCGUCCUCUGCCUCGCGCAGACCCCAUGGCACCUACUUUCUCCAGCCCUGGUGGCUUCCCUUCCCGCAUGCAUGUCUCCCCCUUCUCCGAGACCGUCCGCAUCCUCAACCGUAGAGUCAAACCCCGGGAGGUGAAGAGAGGUCGAAUCAUUCUCAAUCUGAAGGUCAUUGACAAGCCAGGUAGGGGUGGCACAGCUGCAGGGAGUAGGAAUGUUACAACAGGACGCCAAAACAUCCCUUCCCGCAAUCGCAUCAUUGGGAAAAAGGGAGAGGCCCCCUAUAGACCUUUUCAGCCUCCUCAGAAGAUGCUGGGGUUCCCAAUGUACGGGAAGCCAUUUGGGCUGCAGUUUGGAGGCCCUGUGCCUUUCCACUCCCACCCGGGGUCAUGCUCCAGCACAGGAGCCAGGGACAGCCGCACCAACUGCUCUCAGUACCAGUCACCUCCUUCUCCUUCCAGCUCCAGUGGCUCUGAAGGAAAAUCUCCCACCGCCUCGGCUGCACAGGUCCAGCCCACUACUGGAACCUCACCUUCCAGCGAGGGUCCCAAGCCCAGUAAACUUCACACAGAGACCCAGAAGGGCCAGAGCGCCAAGCAUUCUGCCCCUGCCCCGUCCUCAGAUGCAAACCCAGUGGUGCCAGCGUCUUCCUUCCUCCCUUCCUCUCCCUCUUCUUCCUUGGACGACGAGGAGGAGGAGAGUGCCCUGGACCGUUCGGCACCCUCAGAGGGAGGCAGGAAAAAUCCCCGCCAACGCAGGAGUAAACGCCAGCUGCCGACCAGUGUCCCCUCUGUUGCCCAAGGGGACCAGAGCUCUGCUCCCAUCGAACCCCAAAGGGUGCCCGCGGAGGGAGACCCUGACUGGCACCCACAAAUGGCACCAAGCUGCAAGGAUGUGGUGGUCACUGAUGUCACCACCAACCUCGUCACUGUCACCAUAAAAGAGUUCCCCUCCCCUGCCUCCUGCCCGGCCUCCCCUUCCGGUAGCCCCGAAAAUGCCUCUUCCCCUGCCGCCACCUCUGAUGACCUCUCCCCAGCCAAGCCACAGAGGACCAUUGCGUCAGGGUCAGAUCUGUUGGCAGCAGUGGUCAUAAUGAAGUUCGUGGUGGUGCUUGUGGGAGCGGGCUCCCUGGCCUUCCUUGGCGCUGUCAUCUGCAUCAUUGCCAGUGUUUAUCCCCGCAAACGCGCCGCGCCUCUCAGCGACAACGGCACCCUGACAUCGGAGACGCUGCUCCAGCCUCUCGAGCCCGGGUCGGUGGCUCACGCCGGGCCGCUGGGCGCUCUCCACGGCGCCGAGUCCUACGACGGAGGGAACGGGCUCGGCGGAAUCGGACUGGAAGUUCCCACUCUGAACGAGCUCAACCUCGGGGAGGAGACAGGAGGAGGAGGGUCCGCGAAACAGUUCAGCUUCAGCCGGUUGAUCUGCACACCUGUACCGGUCGGAGACUGCAAGACUAAAGACCUGAGGCAGCGUCGGGAGCAGCAGCAGCAGGCGGAUGAACCGCUGUACGGAACCGGGGAUGAGGACUGGGCUUAUCUCCGGACCACUGCGGAGGAGCUCCGGCAGACGGUCCUGCAGCAGAACGACCAGAUCCUCAUGGAUCAGAGGACCAUCCGGGAGCUGACGGGGAAGCUGAGCGAGUGUGAGAGUGGCCUGGAGGACGAGAGGAGCGUCCCGGAGCGAAGCAUCGGAGUCUGGAGCGGCAACCGCCGCGUCAUGGCCGGGGAUGAUGUGAGCUCUUCCGCCGCGGCGCAGCUGCAGACGGCCAGGGCUGUGGAGGAGCUGGCCAGGGCCAUCAUGGACCUGAAAGACCGCAUUGAGAAACUAGAGGCUGAGAUAGGCCCUGCUGCUUUAAACCUCACGGACACAUCUGCGGGUACAAGCAGCAGCAGCAGCAACAGUGGCAGCAGCAGCCCGGCUGGUAACGCCGGCAAGACUCCGGCUCCGUCCACCGGCAGUGCUUCCUCCCCACCUGCAGCAGCUGCCCCAGGGGCCCGCCGUCCUGCCUCCCCCGCCCCCAAACCCCCAUCUAAGGGUUCCCCCGGGCGAGGAAAGGGCACUUGGAGGGUGGAGGAUCUGGAGGGGGAGCUGGAGAGGAAGAUAAAGAUGCUGGAAAAGGAGCGUCAGGCCAUGAGGAAGGAGACGCAGGGACAACACGAGAAGAUCAACCAGGGCAUCGACACCGUCAACCACCGCGUCACUGAGCUGGAACACACGCUGACAGAGCCGUCGUUCCCCGAUGGCUUCGUCCUCUCCUUCCCCAUGAGGACUAACUACAUGUACGGUCUGGUGAGGAAAGAGAUAACUGAGAUGUAUGCCUUCACCGCCUGCGUGUGGUUGAAGGCCAAAGAAGGGGGCAUCGGGACCCCCUUCUCCUAUUCAGUGCCGGGGCAGCCCAACGAGCUGGUGCUGCUACAGGGAGUCCACAACCCUGUGGAGCUGCUCAUCAACGACAAGGUGGCGCAGCUGCCUCUGUCCCUACCACAGGAUGAGUGGCAGCACAUCUGUGUCAGCUGGACCCUGAGGGACGGAGUGUGGAAGGCCUACCAGGGGGGAAAGAUGAAGGGAAGGGGAGAGGGACUGGCUGCCUGGCAUCCCAUCAAACCAGGAGGAGUCCUCAUACUUGGACAGGAGCAGGAUACACUGGGCGGGCGGUUUGAUGCCUCCCAGGCCCUUGUUGGGGAGCUCUCCCAGUUCAACCUGUGGGAUCGGGUGCUGAAGCCUGCAGAGGUGGCCGCCCUGGCCGAGUGCAGCUCCUCUGCGCUCGGCAACAUCGCCCCCUGGACCGACCACGACGUAGAUGUCUAUGGCGGUGCCACCAAGGAGUCCCUGGACCCCUGCCACGCUGCCCAGAGAUCCAAUCCCUCCAGCCCCAAACAGUGAAGGGCGACCGGGAGUAGUCGGCCAUGGGUGGUCGCGUUUGAUUUGGUCAAUUUAGGAGUCGAUUCAGGAGUUUAAAGGCGUAUCAUAUUGGAGUUUACAGUAUAUUUGUUUGUUUGGGGAUGGGAAGCUCUCUGGUGGACAGAGAGGUGGAGCUGUUAAGUCGUGAAGAGUGGUGUAUCUGUUUUGUUUUUUGUGUUGGUGUCCACGCUCAUCUGUUUACUUCUGCAGUGAGAUACAGUGAGUUUAGUCACAGAAUCACCUUAGUGAAGGUUGCAUGGGUGGAUCUACUUCUGGCAUGAACAGGACUCUAAUGGAAACAUUCCAUAACAAAUUAUCGUUUGGCUCUGGUUUAAUAUACCAACCUGUGUUGUAGGUAAUAAUCUGUUGGGCCAGAUAACCAUAGAAGGUCAUUCAGGCAGAGGGCUUUGAUGGGUUUGAAAGCAGUUCUGAAUGAACUGUGAUGCCAUAUCUAAGGGUUUCUCAAUCUUACAACAAAGUGACACAAAGUUCUGUCUUUCCUUAUUUUGUGUCCAGUUGGUCGUGUUUAAUGCUAAAACUGAUUAAUGAAAUGCUGUCAUGGUAACACUGAUUUCAACACUCAAUAGGAAACAAUAUAAGUUUUCUUCAUUUUUAACUGUAUAUGAUCCUGUUGAGUAAUGUCUGUGUACUUUUAUGUUUUCUAUAUUGCAUACCAUUAUUUGGUAAAACAGUGGUCUUAUAAAUGUAUAUUGUGUAAUGUAUCUCUGCUAAUGUUGCUCUGUGCCAGUCUGCUCCCCCCCCCGCUGUAGCCUCUCACACACCUCACAGUCAAGUUGCAGAGUUUUUGUUUGCAACUUAAACAAAGCAGUGCUCUCCAUUGACCUCUGAAAUGAACACUCGUUGUCUAACUAAGCACCAAUCAGACACUGAAAUUGUGACAAACCUGAGUGAGUUUGAUAAAACUGUGUUGUAUCCUUGAAUGUAAACCAGAUGGAAUGUAAGUAUAUUUGCAUGACCAAGGUCACAUUUCCUGUCACUGAAGAAACAGACACACUCUGAAACACACAGAUGUCUUUUUGGUAAAUCAGAUCCUCACAGAACACAUGGCAAAGCAUAUGAGGUGGACUGAUUCUAUGAUGACCAUUUUGUACUUUACAUCCAGAUCUGUUACUAUUUUAAGCUAUUGUCAUUCUUUCAGCAAACUAAAGAACAAAACAAAUAAAAAAAAUAAAAUAAAUGAUGCAUUUGAAUUGCAGCAUCACCCUCAAAUCCUGAUGCCCCUUUUUUUCCUCAACUGAUGAAAUAUUUAUGACUCAGUGUUUCAAGAGAAGCUAAUGCCAUGUUUACAUCAUGCAGGAUGGAAAGUAUCGAUAAGAAAGAUUUCUAUGUUUAGGUUGUGCUAGGAGUUACAUCAUAAAGAAUCAUUUUAUGAAGACAGAGUUGGUAAAAAAGAAAAAAGAAGCCUCUAUUUAUAUGAUAUUAGAAAAAAUAAAUAAAUGAAGACAGUUGAAUCGAAUCAGAGUUGUCAUAUUCCAUCAUAAAAAUAACCAGAUGGUAACUCUGUCACAGUGCCUGAUGGAGACCAAACGGUGGAUGGUAUAAUGAAGUUAGUCAGCACUCUUCUGCACAACAACUACAGCAAAUGAUCAAGCUAGCACACCAGGGCGUAGUUAGCUACUGUAGCUUUCACCAGUGAAAUGUGUUACCUUCAGCUGUGAUGCUCUGUGCUCCUAUUGUUGAGAUCAGGUUGCCUCCUUGGUUUUCAAUGGGCUCUGAAAAAUGAUCGUAGUUUAGCAUUUGAUUUGCGUUUUUAAUGAAAUGACAGAUGGGAUGUGUUUCAUCUGUAGUUCUCUUGAGUUCACUGCAAGUUACAAAUGGACAUCAUAGGAAGAGCAUUUAGAGAAGGUAAAAAAGCCACCCACUGUGAGAGGUGAGGGUUUGAUUCCAACUUUGCCCAACUACACUAAAUAUAUAUCCUGUUAACACUGUGCAGUAAAGUGAACUGGAGUUUAAAUACAGUCAGUGCUUCUGUUCACUUUUUACCUCAAGACAUCAGCCCCACAUACGAUUGACACCCAGAUGUAAAGUGCCUGCCUGGGCUCUGGUGCCCCAGUACAAAAAAAAAAAAAAAGUCAAAUGUUUUUAUGUUUUCUUCUUUGUCUUCUCUUUCUGCUCUCUCUCUGUCACUUUCUCUCUCUCUUGCUUUUGGUCGUUGAACGCUGUAACAGUGUUGCACUUGUCCUUAUUUGCAUCUUCAUGGAUCUUCUAUGAUAUUGUGAAAUAGGUGGAUAAAAAUAAUAAAAUGCUUAUGACAACA